GCGGCCUUGGCAGUGAGAGAAGCUCUCAUUCCUGCUUUUGAAGCCUUCAUUGGAGGAAUUUCUAAAGCAGCCGGCUUCUUCUCUGUUAUGGAGCACGAAUUGCAAAAGUUUGAAAACAACGCUAAGAAGAGCGUGGACGACCCUCAAUUUAUCUUCUUCAAAGUGAUGUCGGUUGAAGCCAAGGAUAUGAAGUCUAUUUGCCAAGUGUUCUAUGCAGGCUUACCAGAUGUCAAGACCGACUUCAAAGCCCUGCCUACCGAGGGCACAGACCGCAACUACGUGGACGAAUGGCUGGAAAAACAGAAAAAGAUGAUCGAAGAAGAAUGUAGAGGUAAGCUUGCCACGAAGAUGCUGAGAGCCAUUGCACAUGCAUUGGAGUAAA